AUGAGAUAUGAGGCCCCCGCGAGGGGCAACGCGGCUUGCGCAGCCCGACGCUUGGCCAGGCCUAGUGUGGCGCACGACGCGGAUGAUGGAUAUGCGUGCGGCAGCGGGUGUCGUGGGCAGGGGGCAACGCGACGUGCUCGUCCCAGCACUUUGAGGGGGCACGUUGCGGAAGACGGUUACCUGUUCGUGUCCACUCCCGAGGGGCAACGUGUCGUGCUCGCCCUACGUCUAGGGUCGACGUACGACGGUGCCCGAUGCGGUGUGGGUUGGGCUGUGCGUGUGGCUUUAUCUAGACGGUGCAGCUGUUCGGUUAUCGUCCGAAGCACCUCACGCUUCGGGCUGUCCCUCGAGUCUCUUUUGUCCCUUCCUUUGAAACCUGUCCAGCGGCGUUGGCUCGGCCCUCCCGUAUGCUUCCGCUUGCCUGCACGCGUCUUGGCGUGCGGGGCGCGGUUCGUCUGGGAGUGCUGGGUUUGCGGACCGUGUUGGCGGAUGAGUGGUGUGUGGGUCUUGAGUGCUGUCUGGCUCCUUGCCUCGCACAACGAAUGGGCACACCGGAUCCUCUCCAUGUGUGGGCUCGAGCUACCGUGCUCGUUCCACUGUUGUGCGGCUCCUGUGUUUCCUACCCCGUGGUGUGGUAUCCCUGCCUUGCCCCAACCUUUCCUCUCCGGAGUCCCCUAGUGGGAUUGCCGGGGGAGUUCCAAGACACGCCCGUGGUCCUACCCGUCUCGGCGCUCUGCGCGGCAACGGUGGCCUGCGUGCGCGUUCUGUUCUCGCUGGUGCGGUGCACGCGGUUGGGAUGGGGUCUUAGAUCCCCGUCUGUCCCUCAGAUGAUUCGGUUUCUCGGAAAGAUGCCUGCCGCCGUGUCCUUC